CUGGAGACUGGAGGAGAGUGCCUUCAGAGUUAAGAGUCUAAUUUCUGCUACUUCCACUCACAUGCCAACAGGAAAAUCGGAGUGUAAGAAGAAAAAAACGGAGUGUUCUUGGCCGUGUCCUGCAAAAGGUUGUCGAUUUACUUUCCUUUUUCGCUUUAAAGCCGGGAUUCUCCAAAGACGACAUCUGCUGUCGUUGAUCAGACUGGUCCUUCUAAAGCGACACCGUAUUGAAGGUUUUGCAAUUUUCCCGUGAGGUAUUGUUAGUUCAACAUUGGAAAACGUUCCACGGCAUCCCUCUUUCCAGAUGGACAGAGAAAAAAAAGAGUAUAAACUCAGAUUUCUCAGAGCUAAAUUAUCCUCGAAUAGAAUUUCAGACUCUUAAACCAAUUCUAGGUUUCUCCCGAGAUUAUUGCCUUCUUAGUUUUACCUUUACCUGUUUGGAUGCGGAGAAAACUAUCACAUUAAAUAAUAGAGAAACUCCCUUUCUCCACACAAAAUUGCUUCUUCUGUGCUAUUCGAGCUUUCAUCUUCUUAGUAGGAACUUAAGCUUCAGCUAUUCCUCACUCGGUGAUCUCAUCCUUUUUCAUUUUUCUUUGCUUUCUUUUGUUGCUCUUCUGGUUUAGAAGUAACUCUAUCUCUUUAAUGUAAGCUUCAAAAGGACGGUUUUGGUUUUGGUUUUGGUUUUGGGCGGCCUUAAAAAUCUUUGAAAGGUCGCUGUUUAUUUGAAUGUGUAUAUAAUGGCGGAUUCCACGAAAGUGAGGCUCGUACGUUGUCCAAAGUGUGAAAACCUUCUUCCGGAGCUCGCCGAUUACUCUGUUUAUCAAUGUGGUGGUUGUGGUGCUGUUCUUCGAGCAAAAAAUAAAAAUAGGGACACAGAUACUUCAUCGCAAAAGUUAGAAGAAACUCGGAUUGCUGGAGUAUCUGCAGAAUUGCAAAAUUCCUUGGAAAAGGGAGUUAUGGAGUUGAGUGAUUCUUCUGAUGUCGAUAUUAAGUCCAAUGCUGGAACUUUGAGUUCUGAUGAAAAGAAUCCUGAGAAGAUAGGUGAUGCUAAUCAAUCUAAGGCUACAAAUGGUAAAUUGGUAAUUGAAAACGAUCUUGAUAUAAACAUGAACAGAGAUAAUUUGGGUAGUUCUGUGGGAAAAGAAUAUGACUGUUUGAAUUCUGAAAUCAGAAAUACAACUAGGUCUGGUAGAUCAGGACAGAUGUCGGGCUGGGAACGUGGGGAGAGUGGUGAAAUGGAGGGGCAUCAAAGAGUCAUGAGAACUGAGGUUGAAGGUGUGAGAUUUUCUACUUCAAACUACUCAGACGAGGGCCCUUCUAAUUACAAUUUGGAGUCUUCCUAUGGUAAUGGAGAGCCAUUGGGGAAUCAUGACGAUCAUGUUGGAGCUAAUAAAGUUCAACACCUUAAAAAAGAUCGAGCAGAGCUUCUCAGGAAAUUGGACGAGCUAAAGGAACAACUCAGUAGGUCCUAUGAUGUGGCUGAUAAAACCAAGGAGAAGCUUCCUAUUAAUGGGAGGAUGGCUCCACCAGAUUCUUAUGCUGAUUCUGAUACUUGGUUUCCAGCUGCUUCAUCAAUGCCUGAUAGAGCUUCGAUGCAGUUUUUUGCUCCUGAUAAACAUGCAGCCAGGCCUCCUUAUUUCCAGCAUCGCCCUGAUCCCUUUCCUUAUACCAAUGCACAUGAAGUGGCCAUGCAUAGUUUCCAUCCUUCAAUGGAGAAGUCAAAUCAGAUUCCUGGAUUUGGGGAUACAUUUGUGCCCAAAAGAGCUUCACAUCAGUUAUCUGGACAAUACCAACAACCAUCCUGUCAAUAUUUCUCUAGGCAUAUCUUUGACGCUAAUCCUGAUCCAUUUGAGCCAUACACAUCCAAUGCAACCUUUCGCCAGCCCUCAUGUUCUUGUUUCCAUUGUUAUGAGAGAUAUCAGGGAGUUUCAGCACCAGUUCCACCCAUCCCUUUCUGUAAUAAAAGGUUCCCUGAUGUUUCAAACAAUCCUAUGCUGUACCAACGUGAAAACCUUGGGGCUUUUGGUCCACAUGUUCACAAUUCUAGGACUACUGUUCCUCCAUUGGAUUUUCGUGGUCCCCAGUCCCACACAAGAUGGCCAAGUGAUCAUAACUCUGAAAUUGGUGGUUUUGCUCGCUAUCGACCUCGGAGAGUGGUAUUAGCCAGUGGUGGUCGAUGCUAUCGUCCCAUAAUUGGUGGUGCUCCAUUUUUUACUUGCUUUAAUUGCUUUGAACUACUGCAAGUUCCCAAGAAAGCAUUGCUUUUGGGGAAGAAUCAACAAAUGAUCCGGUGCGGUGCAUGUUCUACAGUAAUAAAUUUUGCUAUUGUAAACAAGAAACUUGUUCUUUCUGUUAACACAGAAGUAACACAAAUUGCAACAGAGGAUGAUGAUAGCUUUACAGAGAUGCUUAAAGAAAAUACUUCAUACUCCCAUGGCCGUAUGAGCAGGAUAAAUGCUAAUUUCUCUUCUGAUGAUUAUGAUGAUUCUGGUUAUGACUUCCAAGCAGUAGAUACGGAUCCAAUUGCAUUAUUAACAGGCCAGGGUUUUAACUCAAUGAAUCAUCAAGAAAUGAAUAACUUCCACACUUCAUCUCCAAGUACCUGCGAGGAUGAUACCAGUCCAGAUGCUUCGAUUACUCCAAGAGAUGUCAUCAACUCUGUUCAGCGGCCAGUUAAAGAUGGUCUGUCCCCACCCCUUCCUGGUUCACCUCUUCAACAGCAUUUUGAUUAUUCAACCAACAAUAAUGUGGUGAACCGACUUGGGAAGGGAAACAGAAGUAGUCGCUCAGAUCAAGAAAAAGUGGUGACAAACAAAAAUACUGCACGCCAAAAUUCUAUGAAAGAGGCAUCUUUGGCUACUGAGAUAGAGGUCCCAUUCCAUGAGUACUCUAAUACUGUGGUGUCCCAAGAUUCUGGGGAUGCAAACAGAGAGGACAGUCAUUUGAAAAUCAACAAAGGAGGUGAAUCUUUUUUUGCAAACAUUAUCAAGAAGAGCUUUAAGGAUUUUUCCAGGUCAAAUCAAACAGAUGAGCGUGGUAGAAGUAAUGUUUCUGUUAAUGGCCAUCCAAUACCAGAUCGUAUAGUUAAGAAGGCUGAGAAGUUAGCUGGACCAAUCCAUCCUGGACAAUAUUGGUAUGACUAUCGAGCUGGAUUCUGGGGUGUCAUAGGUGGGCCCUGUCUUGGAAUAAUUCCUAUGUCAUUUUGUUUCAGCCUUUUAUUGAAGAAUUCAAUUAUUCAAUGCCUGAAAAUUGCGCUGGUGGGAAUACUGGUGUUUUUGUUAAUGGUAGAGAACUUCACCAAAAAGAUUUCAAUCUGCUUACUGGUAGAGGACUCCCAACUGAUAGAGACAGAUCUUACAUCAUUGAGAUCUCUGGAAGAGUGCUGGAUGAAGACACUGGUGAAGAGCUGGAUUGCCUUGGGAAGCUUGCUCCUACAGUUGAGAAGGUAAAGCAUGGAUUUGGCAUGAAAGUUCCAAAAGCAGCUGCAUAAUGAAAGUCUAGGAGACGCAAAGUCCUAAUGUGACUUCUGGCAUGUGGUAAAAUCUUAAGCCUUCCUGUACUUGAAUUUGAAACACCAUCUUAGCAGAUGUGUUAGAAGAGCGUGGAGAGUUUUUCAGGCGUUAUACUACAUGACUGAUGCUGUAUUGGAUUAUCCUAUUCAAUUAUAAGGCCAUUGUCCAUCCUUUGAUGAUGUAUUUUAAUUUUUAUGUGGCUAAUUGGCGGUGAUGUUGUGAUA